CCGGUCGUCUGCGGUCACACUCCCCCGUCGAAUGCUGAUCAAGCAUCUUCUACACCAGGGAGAACUAUCCAGGUGAACAAGGCAGGAACUAGCGGCACAUGCAGUUCUCGCCUUCUUUUGCAUCUCCCGCUGGUGCAAUUCUUCUUCUUAUUCUUAUUCUUCUUCUUCUUCUUCCUCUUCUUCUCCUGCUUUCAAUCCCCGUCUGUUUGGACCUGCAGGCUGCCAUAGAGUUCCCACCACUCUCGGCGGCCCGAUAUGUCCACCGUCUGGCUUCUCACUACCACGCUUACUGCCCCCCGUGGCAUCCAGCAGGCACCGCUGGAGAGGCUCUGAGGCGCUGGAGGAAGAGGCAGACUCUGCCUCAUGCCUGGCUCCCGGCAAGCGAAGAGCCGAGUGAUCCAGCUGUCGCUCGUGGUCCCUGCAAAGUACGUAUCUGUGGCUUCCGCGGGCAGGCGUGUUGCGCGCUUUGCGAGAAUGCUGGUGCUGGUCCUGUAUCUACUUUUGUCUCGGCGGGUAGGAAGGCCACAUAGACUGUCGUAGGCUCGCUAGCAGGCGUCGUGAGUGCACUUUUCGUUCCCAGGCCGCUCGGCACCGCUCCAGACUCUGCUCGUCAGUGUCUGCUCCAUGCAAGUGAGCUCCGACC